UGAGGAGGCUCACGUGACAGUCUCUUAAAUUCCUGUUUCCCUGCAGCGCAAUUUGUCAGAGUACGAAUGGUGUCCGCCUGCCUUAGCGCCCGACCGCAUGUCUGCUCUUUUCGGGCACAGAAAGGUACAAGGACUCGACUGCUUGAAACCCUUCAAGCGACGCUCUCCCCUCUUCAUCAUGUUGUUGUUAUUAUAGAUUCGGAGCUCGCUUGUGUCUUUUGUUUUUUCCCCCUUCUUUGAGUUGACUGGUAUCAGGAGGAGGACUCGGGGCUUCUGCCAGAGAGAAAAACCCCCUUGCAGAAAACAGAGAAGAAUGCAACACUGGACCGCUGUUUAAGUGUUGUUUCUGCACUGAUUUCCACGAUAAGGUUAUUUAAACGAAACCUUAAAGCUUUUGUUCACCCUCCCCUCCCUCUCUCUCCAAUGCACGGCCACUAGAAAAGAAAGAAGAGAGCGCUGCAACGUUGCAAGUCGGGGAUCAUCACCAAAGACCCAGGAGCGUCCUCGACUUACGGGCUCUUACCCUAAAAGCAGAGGAACCAUGUCAUCUACGAAAUUCAAGAAGGAUAAGGAGAUCAUAGCGGACUAUGAGACCCAAGUGAAAGAGAUCCGUAACCAGCUGGUGGAGCAGUUCAAGUGCUUGGAGCAGCAGUCUGAGUCUCGCAUCCAGCUGCUGCAGGACCUGCAGGAGUUCUUCCGCCGCAAAGCAGAGAUUGAACUGGAGUACUCCCGCAGCUUAGACAAGUUGGCCGAGAGGUUCUCCUCCAAGAUCCGCAGCUCCAGAGAACAUCAGCAGUUCAAGAAAGACCAGCACCUACUGUCCUCAGUAAACUGCUGGUACCUGGUGCUAAACCAGACUAGGCGUGAGAGCCGCGACCAUGCCACCCUCAGCGACAUCUACACCAACAAUGUCAUUGUUCGUUUGGCCCAGAUCAGCGAGGAUGUCAUCCGCCUGUUCAAGAAGAGCAAGGACAUUGGGAUCCAGAUGCACGAGGAGCUGGUGAAAGUGACGAAUGAACUCUACACUGUGAUGAAAACAUACCACAUGUACCACACUGAGAGCAUCAGUGCAGAGAGCAAGCUGAAAGAUGCAGAAAAACAGGAGGAGAAGCAGUUCAGCAAGUCCGGAGAUCUCAACGUCAACCUCCUGCGCCAUGAAGACCGCCAGCCGAGACGCAGCUCCGUCAGGAAAAUUGAGAAGAUGAAAGAGAAGAGGCAAGCCAAGUACUCAGAGAAUAAGCUGAAAUGCACGAAAGCCCGGAAUGACUAUUUGUUGAACCUGGCAGCAACAAAUGCAGUUGUGGCAAAAUAUUACAUCCAUGACGUCUCUGAUAUGAUUGAUUGCUGUGACCUCGGCUACCACGCCAGCUUGGCCCGCACCUUCAGGACCUACUUAUCUGCAGAGUACAACUUGGAGACAUCACGCCACGAGGGACUGGAUAUCAUAGAGAAUGCGGUGGACAACCUGGACUCCCGCAGUGACAAGCACAAGAUCAUGGAUAUGCAUAACCAGGUGUUCUGUCCUCCGAUGCGCUUUGAGUACCUGCCACACAUGGGAGAUGAGGUGUGCCAGGUGAGCGCCCAGCAGCCUGUCCAGACUGAACUCCUGAUGCGCUACCACCAACUGCAGUCUCGCUUAGCUACGCUAAAGAUUGAGAAUGAGGAGGUGAGAAAGACCUUGGAUGCCACCAUGCAGACACUGCAGGACAUGCUGACGGUGGAGGACUUUGACGUGUCGGAUGCCUUCCAACACAGCCGCUCCACUGAAUCCAUCAAAUCUGUGGCGUCCGAGUCCUACAUGAGCAAGCUCAACGUAGCCAAGAGGAGGGCGAACCAGCAGGAGACGGAAAUGUUCUACUUUUCAAAAUUCAAAGAGUACCUGAAUGGCAGUAACCUCAUCAUUAAGCUGCAGGCCAAGCAUGACUUGCUGAAGCAGACACUUGGUGAAGGGGAAAGGGCAGAGUGUGGAACUACAAGAGGAAGAAGGAAUGCCCGUACCCGCAUUCAGGAUUCAGGUCAACCAAUUCCACUUGUUGUUGAAAGCUGUAUCCGAUACAUCAAUUUAUACGGGUUGCAGCAGCAAGGCAUAUUUCGCGUGCCAGGAUCACAGGUGGAGGUCAAUGAUAUUAAAAACUCAUUUGAGAGAGGUGAAGAUCCCUUGAUUGACGACCAGAAUGAGCAUGACAUUAACUCAGUGGCAGGAGUGCUGAAGCUGUAUUUCAGAGGACUGGAGAACCCUCUCUUCCCAAAGGAGCGCUUCCUGGAUUUCAUCUCUACCAUCAAACUGGAGUCUGGAGCUGAGAGAGCACAUCACAUCCAGCAGAUUAUUGUGACUCUUCCUCGGACCAUCAUAAUCGUCAUGAGAUACCUGUUUGCUUUUCUCAAUCAUCUCUCCCAGUACAGCGACGAAAACAUGAUGGAUCCAUACAAUUUAGCUAUCUGCUUUGGUCCAACACUGAUGCCCAUCCCAGAUGGCCAGGAUCCUGUAGCGUGCCAGGCGCAUGUUAACGAGGUCAUCAAGACCAUCAUCAUCCACAAUGAAGUCAUCUUUCCCAGUCAACGUGAGCUGGACGGCCCAGUGUAUGAGAAGUGCAUGACUGGCGGGGAGGAGUACUGUGACAGCCCUCACAGUGAACCAGGAACUAUUGACGAGGCAGAUAAUGGAACUGAGCCACACACAAGUGACGAAGAGGUUGAACAGAUUGAGGCCAUUGCCAAGUUUGACUAUGUGGGACGCAGUCCCAGGGAGCUGUCCUUCAAGAAGGGAGCCUCUUUGCUUCUGUAUCACAGAGCGUCUGAAGACUGGUGGGAGGGCCGUCAUAAUGGUGUUGAUGGUCUCAUCCCACAUCAGUACAUUGUAGUGCAAGACCUUGAUGAUGCUUUCUCAGAUAACCUCAGCCAGAAAGCAGAUAGUGAAGCGAGCAGUGGACCAUUGCUGGAUGAUAAGGGUUCAUGCAAAAAUGACGUCCCAUCACCAUGUGAACAAUCACCUGAUUACAACUUUGGAGGAGUUAUGGGGAGGGUACGGUUACGGUCUGAUGGAGCUGCAAUCCCGCGCCACCGGAGCGGUACAGAUACCCACAGUCCAACUAGAAUGGCUGACACGCCGCCACGAGCUGCAGCCUGUCCCAGCAGCCCCCACAAGGUGUCAAUAAGCAAGGGUCGCAUGGAGAGCCCAGAAAAGAGGCGCCUUGGUACCUUUGGCAGCGCAGGAAGCAUCAAUUACCCAGAGAGGAAGGCCUAUCCUGAGGGUCAUCCGCUGAGACCAGUGCCAGGGGCCACUCGUCACAGCAGCCUCGGGGACCACAAAUCACUAGAGACUGAGGCUCUGGCUGAGGACAUAGAGAAGACUAUGACUACAGCGCUCCAUGAGCUACGUGAGCUGGAGCGACAGAACACUGUUAAGCAGGCUCCCGAUGUGGUCCUGGACACCCUGGAGCCCAUGAAGAACCCGGUUAGCUCAGAGCCUGGCAGUCCACUUCACACUAUUAUGAUCCGUGAUCCAGAUGCAGCCAUGCGCCGCAGCAGCAGCUCCACCUCAGAGAUGAUGACCACCUUCAAACCUGCUCUCUCUGCGCGGCUGGCCGGGGCUCAGCUACGCCCCCCACCCAUGAGACCGGUGCGCCCCCCGCCAACGCAGCACCGCUCAAGCAGCUCCAGCUCCUCAGGAGUCGGCAGCCCAGCAGUAACUCCCACGGAGAAGAUGUUUCCAAGUAACAAUACAGCUGCCAGUUCUAAUAUAAAUAUGUCUGGCGAUGCUGGGGAUAAGUCUGGUACCAUGUAGCAAAGGUGGAAUCUGCUAGGUGGGGAGGUUGCAAAGCUUUCCAAGUGAGGGGAAAAGCUUACGGAAAAUGGGUGCUGAUGUGUGAAAAGCAGAUACAGAUAUUUUCCUCUCUGUUUUCUGCCUGACUUAAUCCAUAUAUUCAGGAAGCUCCUGAAGCGAGCCCACAGUAUGUUACCAUGGUGAUAAAGCGGCGGAAGGAGCUGAAGAGGUGCGAUAUCAUAAAGCUCAACUCUCUUUGAAACUUGAUUUAACUACAAUAAAUGUGUAGAGGAAUACAUAUAUUUCAGUUUUACCUCAAUUUCAACAAAAAGAAAUCUGUGGCCAUGUUCUCGUUUCAGAGAUACAUUGAAUGCAAGUGAAGCAAUACUUGUGUGAAAUUUGGUAUUAAUUUCUACCCAGCACACGCUGUCCAGCUGAUGUUUCACUCACUUCUGCUGAUGUGUAUGAAACACCUCAUCUGGACUAGUGUAGACAUUCAGGCUAAAAUACCAUGUCUAUUUAUCAUCAAGGUCAUAGGCCUUACGGCUGUACAUACAAUAUUACUUGAAGUUGCCAUGCUUUCUGUUUGUACUAUAAUUCAGUGGAUGUUCAGCAAAGUAACAACAUAGUGACAUUAUAUACUUCUGCAUGCAGGGUUUGGAGAAAUUAAGGAAAACAUUAAAGACUUGCAUCAGUGAGAGAAAAUUUGUGACGAUGCAGAGUUUUCUCAUGUGGUCAUUGUGAGCUUAAGAUAUUAGUCUGAAACCUAAUUUUCAGUGAUUAAAAAUAUCAAGUUUCAAGAUGUUCAAAUACAUAUGGGGACCUUACAGUGUUAUAUUUUAAGUAUGCCAUGUGUGUGGCUAUUGGUACUCUAGAUGUUUGUACCUGAGGUCAUCCUGCUCACUGCUAAAGAUAAAGGCAUCCUGGCAUGAGGAUGAUCUCUGAAGUCUUAGAUGUUAGUAAUCGGAACUUCACAUUGCAAGUCAUCCUCUACCAUCACGUGCAGUAGGACAGACCCGACGUGGCUGUUUCCAUGUCUUUUUCUACGUCCUCUAUUUGAAAUGCAGAAAACUAAUGCAUCAACUAAUGUAGGAAUCCUGUGGUAAACUUGUACAUAAUAUAUAGCUAGUAAUUUUUUUAAGUGUUAAUCUUGUACAGGCUAAUACAAAAAAAAAGAAAAGGUGAAGGGUUGCUGUGAAUGGCAUUUGUAAAGAACAUAAACCACCACUUUUUAUCAUCCUCAGUAAACUACAAACAUAUUCUUUGGCUGUGUAAAAUGUAGAUCAAAUCAUUUACCUUGUACUGUGUGCUUAGAAUGCAUUUGGUAAUUGUACUGUAGAAAACUGAUCGCUGUUGAGCAGACCACAAAGGCUGAAUAAAUGUUUUCUCCAUUACGGUUUUUGACACACUUGCCCAUUUUCACACAGUGCAUAAAAACUUGAACCGCUGGAAACUGAUUUGGGUGAUUUUUAUUAUUGCAUAAGAAACAUUGAAAAGUACCCUCUGACAGUUCCCCUUUCCAGUUUAAGAUGUGUUGCUCACUCAGAGGGACCCAAGAGUAGAUGUUGUGACAUACCGUUAUCAAAGCCAUCUCCUUGCUUCCUGCCUUCUCCUUAUCUUUGUUGAUAGAUACAGUCAUGCUCUGACCGAUGGCCUAUUUCUUGUUUCGUUGGAGGAAAACUAAAUAAGAACAUUUGGGUGUUUAUAUCUACUGUACCUCUUGUCAUUCUGACAGAUCUAGUCCAGAGACCUUGUUAUCCGCAUCCCAAACAGCCUGCUCUGUUCUGCAUGUUUUGCGCUGUAAUGUCUGACUCAUAUUAUGCAGCAGUUAAACAAUGGCUGUGUGUGGUGCCUUGCCUUGGUGAAAUGCACAAAUAAUUUCAGGAUUGGACUGUUUUUUUUUCUUCUUUUUUUAAGAAACGGGCCUUAACAUUAAUGAGGGGGGGGGGGGCAAAUUAAGCCACUUGUAGCAGUUGCUAAAACAGAAGUGAAAGACGACUAACCAUGCUUGACUGAGCAAAAGGAAACGUAAAUAUUAGCAUGUAAACCAGGCACUGAUUCCACUGUCAACUCUGCAGUCAUUCUGUACACUCUGCAAUGUUACUGAGGUACAUGCUGCAAAUUGAAAAUAUUUGCUUGUGGUCAGUGUAUUGUUUGGUUUUUUAUUUGUCACAGGCAGAUAUAUAAAUAUCCACAGGGUGGGAGGAUUCUUAAGAACAGAGAUCUCCUGCAGCCAGAUAAAAAAAGGCAAUACAGCAUUUCAAGUCAUUCAGCGUAGUUACAUCCUCUGCUGGUUUCUGCUGGUAUUGCUUCUUGUGAUGAACCAGUGGACACCAUCACCUCAUGUGGGCAUUAUGAGUGUGAUAUUCCGAUCAUCUGGUUCUUCCAUGUAGUUCAUCUUGUCUGUCCUGGUUACAGUUUUGCACCUGUUGAAAUCUAUGAAGAUGAAAGCAUAUGUUUAUUGAAAUAUGAAGAAAGCACACAAUUUCAAAAGAUGAAAUUAUCGUCAUUAUAUUUAACUAGACUGUUUUUUUUAAUUUAUAGAGUGCAAGUGGGGCAGAAAAUUUUGAGUGCCUUUUGUGCACAACAUCAGUUUUUAUUGGACUUUUAUAUUUACUUUUAUAUCUGUAAUAUGUUGUCUAUUAGUUGUCAUGUUUAUUAUAAACUGAUGUUGCUUUUUUAUCUUUACUUUCUAUUGCUAUUCACUCAUCAAACCACCAUAAGGAGUGCAUUGUGUAAGGAUAUUCUUCUCUUGAAUUACACAACAGUGAUCAUGAACUGCUUUCUGUGUUUGAGUGAUCUCUGAAGACUAGGAGUUAUAAAAACUACUGUACACACAAUCUACUGGGAAAGUUCAGUAGAAUCAUCUCAGAAUAUUCUUUUCAUCUUUUUCUUUUCCCUGUGAACUGCCUGUGCUGUGGUUGAGCCGUAGCUCUUGUCAUUGAACUCCUUCCCUUUCAAAGAAAAAUCAUUGCAGUAUUGUUGGCAACAGCGGGACGGAUCCUUGAUGUGUGGAGGUUACAAGGCAAGGCGCUCUCGUUUCCCCUACAUGUGAUGUUACACAGACAUUUUCUUUCCUGGAAUGUAUGCUGAAAUGGGUAACACAGUUUGUCUGCUGACAUGGAACGACACGAGGUUGGUAGUUGGAAAAGAGCAUCACGGCGAGAGCAGACUGAGCGCCUAUCAUGUUGCGGGGACUGGAGUGUGAGUUGCUGUCACACUGUUUACCUUCUCUUUAAUUGUUUGUCUAGUGAUGCUGUUUGUUGAUGAGUGUCUGGUUGGUUGAAACCCUGUGAUGUAAUGUACACCAUACCACUGACUGGAUGUUGAAAACCCCCUGCGUCCAAAUAAAACCAUUAUUGCUCUGUGA